CCCUGUUUUCUCAUGAUAAGGGAGGCAGGGCCGUGCUUCUGGUCUGCAAACAGCUGAACACUUUGCAGAAGAGAGCUGACGAUACAGCAGAGAGAGAGAGGGAGAGAGAGCCUGAGGAACAACGGUGCAGCCAAGGAGACCACAGAAACACUCUUCCCCCAAAUCCCCGACUCUGUGGAGAGGGGAGAAAGACGCGGUGCACACACACAAAGACAUUCUUGGCUUUCAGUUUAAAAGAAGAAGAAGAAAAUUACAAUACGCGGGGCGAUCAUUUGUUCUGAGAUACAAAUUCAAGAAGAAAGGCGUGACAGCCGGCUGCAGGACUCAGUUUCACCAUUAGCGCAACAUCUCAAAUACAAAGUGAGGGAUUGUAGCGCAGCGCUGCAUGAAGGAUAAACCCAUCCGGGAGAAGAGACCAUCAGAGACAGGAUGAGAGCGACUCUGCGGAUCAAGUGGCUGAUAGUUUUACUCGGCUUCCUGUGUCACAGCGUCUAUGCAGAUACUGCUGCAGAGGAAACCACUGAUGCACCUGCUAAUGACACAAGUGCUGCUACCUCAGAUACAUCUACAAAGACUGCAGCCACAACUGUGUCAGCAACAACAGCAACAGGAGUCACGAGCAGUCAGAACAUCGACCAACAGAGCACAGCAGUGCAGACGACACAGACGACCCCAGCAUCCACUCAGAGCACAGUCAAAGCAGAAGCAACAGGAACCACAGCAGCGCUGACUCCUCCCACCAGUACUGCUAACGAGACUACGACUGCGGUCACCACCUCAACCUUGGCUGCUAUACCCACGCCAGCCCCAUCAAAAACAGUCCCCACCCCCACCACCGAAUCAGCGCUGAGCACUAAGCCCUCCACAGUAACGGCAUCGCCAUAUUCUCUGUCCAAUAAAAUCACUGCACCAUAUAAUGUGUCAUCAGCAAACGAGCGACACGAGAGCACAAACAGCCCAACAGCAUCACCAUCCACGGCUCCAGCUGUGACCACUGUGACCGCGGGACAGACGCCUCCCACAGCUGUCACUGAUUCGCUGGCUCAGAGGGAUCUGCAUCACCACGACGACAAAAUCCCUGAAUCUACAAGAGUACCUGGAGGGGCCAGAGGGACCACUCAGCUUACAAACCCAGGGGUCUCCAGCACCUCCUCCAGUGUGAAAAAAGGAGUUCAUACAACAACUACAGAUUCAGCCGUGCAAGCCCCCACGGCCACUAUCAAGACUCCAACAUCCACGCAGAAGUUUGUUUAUUUCCACAAAGGCGACGUGGAGACCAAGGAAAAAGAUAACGAGAAACAUUUCAGGAAAGUGUGCCAGAGGCUGAUGGAGAGCAUGGACAACGGAUCCUGCACCCUGAACUGGCUCGUCCAAAACGGGUCAGUGAAGAUCGGAUCUGUGGAGAUAAAUGGCAAAGUGAACGAAAGCCUUGCGCAGCAGUAUUAUGACGAGCUCACCCAGAAAGACCAGGUAAAGACAGAUAACAAAACGGUGAUCAUUAUCCUGGCCUGUGGUGGAGCCUUUCUUAUCCUGGAAGUAACAGUGGGCAUGUCUCAAUCUCCACAGCAACACCUAACAGAAGAGCUGCACACUGUGGAAAACGGUUACCACGACAACCCCACGCUGGAAGUGAUGGAAGUGCAGCCGGAGAUGCUGGAGAAGAAGAUGGUGUUGAACGGAGAGUUCAACGACAGCUGGAUGGUACCUUUGGACCACCUGUCGAAAGAGGACCACCCCGAAGAGGAGGACACCCACCUGUAA